AUGGAUCUCUUCAACUCACCUGCAUUUUCCUCUCACAUCGAGGAUCUCCUCGAGCAACACCACGUUCCCGGUCUCGCCAUUGCAGUCGUCCAGGACGAAACAAUUGCUUCAGCUGGAUACGGCAAGGCAUCGUUGAGUCCACCAAAGCCAUGUACGGCAGAUACUAUAUUUGACAUUGCCUCAUCCUCCAAGUCUCUGACAGCUGCGUCUGUGGGAUUGUUGGUGGAUGAUGACAAGUAUCCUGAUGUGCAGUAUGAGACGAUCAUGUCGGAAUUACUGCCGGAUGAUUUUGUCAUGCCGGGAGAGGGAUAUACAGAGAGUGUAACUGUGGAAGAUAUACUGAGUCAUCGAACUGGCAUGGCUGGACACGAUAGCUCGUAUCUAAGUCCGCGAGCAGCACAGCCGGAUGAUGCGCGAUCUGUUACGAGGAAUCUGCGCAAUUUGUCUGUCUCAACACCGAUUAGAUCGAAAUAUAUGUACUGCAACAUGAUGUAUACUGUUGCUACGUAUCUCGUUGAAAAGAAGAGUGGACUGUCAUUUCCUGACUUUCUCCAUCAACACUUCUUCCAGCCACUCGGGAUGAAGUCGACGCAUCUCCAACCCGAGCGUGCUAGAGCUCAUGGACUAGGCGAUCGCAUUGCAAGUGGAUAUUUCUGGGAUGAAGAGAAAGAGGAGUACAACGGAUUUGACACACCAGAUUGUCCUGAAGCGCAAGGUGCGGGGUCUAUCAUGACGAGUGUAAAUGACUACAUUCUCUGGGUGAAGGCACUCAUGAACCACGAACAUCCCAUCAAUGACGACGUCUACAAAGGUCUCAUUAAAACACGGACAUUCCCCAACCCCGACGCAGAAGACCUAGGUCCGUUCAUCUCACCUACUGUGUACUGCGCCGGGUUGGAAAUGUUCUAUUACAAAGGCUACCAAGUCAUCCGCCACGAUGGGUGCGUAUCAGGCUUUGCAUCUUGCCAUUUCUUUCUCCCUGAUUUCAAAUUCGGGGGUGUGAUUCUGGGUAAUGCAGCGGCGUCGGAGACCGUGGCGGUUAUCAUCAUGAGGGAGUUUAUCGAUGAGGUGCUGAAGGUGCCAACUUCUGAACGGCCUGAUUGGAAUGCAAUCGAGUCUGCUUCUGAUUUUGACGAAAAGAAAGAAACGGAAGAAGCACGGCAGAAGCUGUGUCCUGGUAUUACAGAGUCCCAGCCUCAAGAGAAGCCUCUCGACUCCUAUACAGGCGAGUACUGGAACGCAGGAUAUCACACCUUGACAGUCCAAAUCAAAGACGGACAGCUCUUUGUCGACGCCACAGACCGAUCAAUGGGAUUUACACUGACCUUCGAACAUGUCUGCGACCAGACCAAAUACCUCGCUCAUUUGGCAGAUUUCCUCGAAGGUGGGGAUGUCGGGAUCCGAGCGGAGUUUGUAUUCGAACACGACAAGGCUGUCAGAAUGGGGAUCCAUUUCGAAGAGGAUUUGGAGGAGCUGAUUUGGUUUGAGAGAGUCUAG